AUGGAUGAGGCUAAUUGGAAGGAAUUAACGGCAAAGACAGUUGCUACGAUAGGAUUGUGUUUGACUGAUGAAGUGCUUUAUCAUGUCAUGGAGGAGGAUUCUCCCACGACUAUUUGGCAGAAGUUUGAAAGUCGCUACAUGUCUAAAUCUCUUACAAAUAAACCUUUUCUUAAGCAAAGACUUUAUUGGAUUAAGAUAGUGGAAGUUACAUCAUGUCAACAGGCGAAGGAUGCUUUAUCUAUGCUUCGAGAUAAUGGAAAAAAGUUUGAUAUUGUUUUAGCUGAUUUGCACAUGCCUAAUAUGGAUGGAUUUAGACUUCUCGAGAUUAUUAAUGAGUUAGAGAUGGACAUCCCAGUUUGCAAUUAUCUUAUCAAUGACCUUGAUCUAGCUAAUGUGUUUUCUAAUAAUUCAGUAAUGUCAUCACAUGAUGCAAAAGAAGUAGUAAUAAAGGGUAUUAUCAAAGGUGCUUGUGAUUACUUAGUGAAACCAGUCCGGAUGGAAACUCUCAAAUACAUAUGGCAGCAUGUUGUGAGGAAGCAAAAGCAUGUGCUAAAGCAAACAUGGGAAGUGGAAGGUGCAGGCAGUGAAGCACUGCGGCAGCCCAAGCAAUCCAUUAAUGGUGAAGGCAACUACAAAAGCUCCAAGAAGAGAAAUGAUGAUGAAAGUGAUAGAGAGGGUAGGGAGGAAAUGCCCACUUUGAAGAAGCCUCGGGUGGUUUGGUCUCCUGAGCUGCACAGAGAGUUUGUUGCUGUUGUCGACGAACUGGGAAUUGACAAAGCUGUUCCUAAGAAAAUUUUAGAGUAUAUGAAUGUUCCCGGACUCACGAGAGAAAAUGUGGCUAGUCAUCUGCAGAAAUAUCGGUUGUAUCUUCGAAGGAAGAACGGGACUACUCAGAAUCAGAAUGGAUGUACUGCACCUUUCAUGGGAUCUCAAAUGGCAGCAAUUUCCUCGCUACGUGACCACCCCGUUCCAGUUUAUGGAACUCUUCCUAGACAGCUCCUAUGCACCUUCAAAAGAGAAGAGUUGCCCCCAUCACAGUCGAUGCUUCAAACACAUGGGAACAUGGGUUUACAAGUUCAUGAAGCGAGUGCUCCGAGCUUUCCCAAUAUGCCAAUGCCCCUUAGAAGCUUACCAUCCAACGCAUUGGGAAUUUUGGGAAACCAAGGCUGCUCUGUUAUGAUGCAAAUGACUCAUCCUAAACCUCCAUUUAUGCUGCAUAUGUUGAAUGGAUCUGCAAGUAAUCAGGUUCCCAUGCUUCCGUCGUCGAAGCAAGUAUUUCCGAAUGAGAAUGGAGGUGAAGUAGUUUUGGGAAGAAACAAAACUUCUUCUGUAGCGAUUAAUUUGCCUAAAGAAGAAGGCCAUGUUGUGGAAUUGAACAAGCACCAUACUGUUUAUAAGAGUGACUAUGGUUUAAAUACUAUUGAAAGAAAUAAAUAUUUUGUCGACAAGAGAUUAUUGCUCUCUUUGGAUGAGGAAAAGGAAUCCGAAAACUCGCGAAACAAUUCUCAACAUUUUCAUAGUCUACAAGUCGAUGAUUCUUUUAGCAUGAAGGCUGAAGAUUCCAUGUUUGUUUCAAGCUGCGACUCCACAUUAUUUGUCGACGAACUUGAUCAGGAUGCUCCUAUGAUUAUACCACUAGGAGAGCAAGGAGUUGGAUUGAUUGAAAGCGAACCCCAAAUCGACUGCUAUUCCAUGGAUAUUAUAUGA